GCUCCGCGGCGGAAGCGCGGCGAGAUCAGACCGAGCGGGCGCUGAGCUGCCGCCGCCAUGAUCAUACCCGUGCGUUGCUUCACCUGCGGCAAGAUCGUCGGCAACAAGUGGGAGGCCUACCUGGGGCUGCUGCAGGCCGAGUACACCGAGGGGGACGCCCUGGACGCACUCGGCCUGAAGCGCUACUGCUGCCGUCGCAUGCUGCUGGCCCACGUGGACCUGAUUGAGAAGCUGCUCAAUUAUGCGCCUCUGGAGAAGUGAGGGCGCUGGAGCCUGCCUGCCCGCUGGCAUGUCUUGCCCAGUGUCUUGCUCAGAGUUCUUCCAGUGAGGUGUGGACAGCAUGGAGCACGCCCUCGCACCGCCCGCGGCUGUGUGUCUUCCACCCUGGGAGGAACCAUCCAGUAAAGUUCUUUGCAGAACCACUAGAAGGUC